GGUUUCUCAGUCGCGAUGGACCAAAACGAACCAGUCCCACUACACAAGCCCAAACGCGAGCAAGCGAGCAACGGCGAGCAGCAGCAAGCGAGAGAGCGCGAGCCACAGAUCCCGAGAAGGAUGUCCUCGACCGCUGCAACUCCAUCUCCUCCUCCUCCGCCAGCAACCCCAGCCCCGGCGCCACGUCAGAUCUUCUGGUGUCACUUCUGCGAUAUGAGCGUCUCUCUGCUCGCCACGUCAUCACCCCUCCACUGUCCCCAUUGUCAGGGCGACUUCCUCGAGCACAUGGAGCCCCUCUCUGAAAACCCUAACCCUAACCCUAACCCUAACCCUAAUCCUUCCAUCCUCUUCUCCUCCUCCCAUACCCUUUCCUUCUCCGACUCCUCCGACUCCGACCCCGAACUCCCCCACAAUUACGAUCCUGCCCCUGACUUCCACGUCAGCGCCACCGCCAACCUCCUCGGCAGCCCCUACCUCGACCGCCUCAUCCACCACCUCUCCGACGAUCCGGACGGCGGGCCCCACCGCCACGUCAGCGGAUCGUCCCCUGCCUCAAGGUCUUCAGUUGAGUCGAUCCCUACCGUCAGGAUCACCGCCCCGCUCCUCGCCUCCGAUCCGCUUCUCUGUGCCGUCUGCAAGGACGAGUUCGUCGUGGGCAUCGAGGCGAAGCAGCUACCUUGCAAGCACUUCUACCACUCUGAUUGCAUCCUGCCGUGGCUUGAGCACCACAAUUCGUGCCCGGUAUGCCGAUACCGCCUCCCGACCGAUGACCACGGUCGUCGGCCCCGGACGCGGGUCGCCGUGAGGUUUGGAGAUGAGGGCGAUGACGAGCUCUUCGGUAUGGGGAGCACGCUGCGGCACAUAGCGCGGCGGCAUAGGCUCGUCUUCCCUGCACGGUCGUCACCGACGCAGAUGGCUCAGGCUGAGACGAGCUCUGCAGGGCCUGCGAACAGUGGGGAGACUGUCUCGAGCUGGCCUGUGGAAGGGGGGAGCAAUGCGGGUGCGGGCACUGGCAGCGGGACCGCUGGGAAUGGCAGGGCGGCAGUGGAUGAUGAUGGCGAUACGGUGAUGUCAGAAAUUAGAGGGGGUUUGUUCGAUUGAAUUGGGCGUCCGAUCUUUUCUAUUGACGGGAGCUCUCUUUUUCUUCGAAAUUAAGGUCCGGGAUGAGUCACCAAGCCGAAAUGGAACAAAUUUGGGGUGAGUUGUACUGGUUUCUGUAUCCUGGAAGAAAGGAAGGAGGAGAAAAAGAUGAAGAAAAAUAAUGAAAGGACGAAGAGACACAGAAAUUGGCUGAGUGAUGGUUUGUAACACUCCCCCUCAAGCUAGGGUAUGUAUAAUCAUAAAUGCCAGUUGAUUUGUGACUUGACAAAUGGCAUACAAAACCUUCUCCUUGAUAAAGUUACAAUCAACCUUGAUAUGCUUUGUUCUUUUAAUGUCAGAUAGGAUUAUUGGCAAUGUGGGAAACUACUUGAUCAUCACAACAUAGCUUCAUAGGAGUAUCCACCACAAAUCCAAGCUCGCCCAUUAAUGUCUUCAGCCAUAUGAGUUCACAUGUUGCAUGAGCCAUAGCUGUAUACUCUGCUUUAGCACUUGAACGAGACGCCGUUGAAGUAUGAACUUGAGUCUUCAACCAUAUGAGCUCACAUGUUGCAUGAGCCAUAGCCGUAUACUCUGCUUUAGCACUUGAACGAGACACCAUCGAAGUAUGAACUUGAACUGCCCAAGUAGGUUUACCCACAAUAUCCCAACACGUAUCAACCGUGUGGUUAUUAAGACCACAAUGAGUGCAUUGUCGGUUACUCCGACCAUUACUAAAAUCUGUACUGAGACCUCUUCAGUUAUUUCUUCUUCCCCUUGAAUCUCUGACACCAAAUUGGCCACCAUGUCGACAACCUUGACUUCCCCCAUCACCUUUGCCAGAUGUAGAAACACGGGCUGAACGAUUUGAAAGAGACGAACUCUGUACGCUAACUGCAUGUUGAACACGAGCGAAUGUGUCAGUAAUAAAGGGGGGAUGCUACCUCCAAGAACCUGGGCAUGGACAGGCUCAAACUCGGGAUGAAGUCCAGAGAGGAAUUUGGCAACAUGGAAUUCCUCCCUUUGUUGUCUCAAAGAAUCAUAAUCAAUGGUCAAGGGCUGGUAUACAUUUAAUUCUUCCUGCAUGCCUCUCAAGGCUGAAUAGUACUCACCAACACUCGUCUCCUUGUUGUAGGGCAAAUAUGUUUUGAAACAACUCAGAGAUUCAUGUAAGUGCUUUUUACCCAAAUACAUUUUUCUCAGAUUUUCACAUACUUCCUUUGCGGUUUUGAAAAAGAUAACAUUUGCGCUGCUUUGAGGCUCCAUAUUAUUCCAAAGCAAAGCUCUAAUCUAAGCUCCUCAGGUAACCAAUCUUCAUAUUUCAAUGAACCUUCUUCAGAUUUGAGGAAGUCAAAUAUUUCUUUUGCCUGUAAGAAAUACUUCCAUUGAUGCAGUCCAUUAUUUACAAGUAAUCUAUUGAGUUUGGUCGAUGUAGAAGUUCAUUGACUCGGAUGGAGACAAAAUACUUGACUUGGCUUCAUUUUCUGUAUCAGGGGAAUGAAAUAAAUUACCAAGGGAAGAAUGUUUGACUUGAACUUAUUCAACAAGUAUAUUAGAAUCCGAUGUAUACCAACGGACACGAUGGUUUGAUGCCACUUCUUGCCUCAACACCUUGACACGUGCACUGCUUCUUCAACACUCGUCAUACCAACAUGUACUAAAAUUCUUCAAAUCUGACCAUAAAUCUGACCACAAAUGUAUGAUGCCAUACUUUUAUCCAUUACAAUGGAUUUAGGUGAAAGAGGGCAUCACACACCUUCACGAACCAUGAUUAUGCAAACCACCAUAUGAUGGGUAUGAGAGAUUUGUGUAGAUCAGCCCCCCAACAAUCUUUGAUCUCCACCUCAAACAAAAGUGAAAAAAAAAGAGAGGAGAGAAGAAGAUGUAGUAGAUGACGAAGAUAUCAAAAUCGGAUCACGUAGGCUCUGAUACCAUGUGUGUUUGGAUAAGAAUACCAUGUACGUUUGGAUGAGAAGGAAGAAAGGAAGAAGAGAGGGAGAGAGAGAGAAAGAGAGGAAGAAGAAUGAAAGGAAGAAGAGAGUUAAACACAGAGAAAUGGGCUGAGUGAUGGUCUGUAACCCUUGUCAGCUCUCAUGGUUAUUUUGGGUCCUAACAUCAAUCUCUGCUUCACUUAAGAAAGGGGGAUCUUUCCAAUAUUCAAGACCUGGGGCCUUCAGUUUGUUCUUUCUCAAGAAUUUCCCAAAAUCUCAACUACUUGCAACCCCCCACAAUUUCCCCAACCCAAACAUUGUCACAAUGCUUGAAGUCAUAAUUUUAAAACUAGAAAAUUCAUCGAAUCGAAUGGAGUGACUCGGUUGAGUUGUUUUUGUUUUUUUGGAAGUCUUGAAUGCCAUAACUUGGUAUUCAUAUUUAAAAUUGGUAAACAUUGUGUCAUCUUCAGAGUGGAGUUAAAGCUUGCCGUAGUUUUGUCGAUUUCUUUUUCCUGAAAUUUGCUGAGUUUAAGUCAAAGCAAGUCAAAUCAUGUUGAUUUGAUCUCGGGUCCCUUCCCAUGGCUCAGUCGUAGACGGAAUGCCUUUCAAGACUAAGGUCAUGGGUUCGAGUGCCCAUGUGGUGUG